AUGCUUCCCGAAACCCUAGGCCGCGUGGGAACCCUCCGAGUGCUCAAACUGGAAUCGGAGCGCCUCACAUGCCUCCCGGAUUCCCUAGGCGGGCUAUCCAAUCUCGAGGAACUUCAUCUGUCGCAGUGCGCCGCGCUGACCGCCCUCCCGGAUUCGCUCGCCGAGCUUUCCCGCCUCUCCCGCCUCCGCCUGAGCGACUGUAGCGCGCUACAGCUGCUGCCGGCCGGCACAGCGCAGCUCACCGCACUGGUAACCCUAGAAGUUGUCCGAUGCGAGAGGCUGGCCUCUCUCCCUGAAGACAUAGGGUGUCUGGUGAGGCUCGAGAGUAUGGAGUUAAAGCAGCUGCCGAGUCUGGUAGGGUUACCAGAGUCGAUAGGGCACCUGGGGGGGCUGCGGGUGUUGGAGGUGGAGGGAUGCGAUGCGUUGCGGGAGGUGCCUGAGUCCUGGGCGCAUCUGUCGGGGCUGGAGCGGCUGUGCAUGAAUGGCGCCCGGCAUUUGACGACCCUGCCGCCCUUCCGCGUUGCGUCCUCUGCAUUGGGUGUUGGCGGUGGGAACGCUGGCGGGUUGAGGGCUGUAGGCUUGGUUGGAUUUGGUCUGUUGGAGCGGCGUGAGCGGCACAGGUCACCUUCUUAUGCUGCUGCUGCUGCUGCUGCUGCUGCUGCUGCUGCUGCUCCAGGGCCUUAUUCUUUCCAUGGCCCACCCCUCCCUCUCACCAACCCACCACACCUCUCCUCCACCCUUUCCGCUCUCCGUUUCCUGGAGAUUUCCGACUGUGCUUCGCUCAAUUCCCUGCCCGAAGACCUCGGGCAGCUUCCUGCCCUUGACACGCUGCUCCUGCUCAAGCUCCCGUCUCUCGAACGCCUGCCCGACUCUCUCGGGCAGCUGCCCGCGCUGAAAGUUUUUGGCCUGUCGCUCUGCCCGCGCCUGGAGGAGCUGCCCGUUUCGAUGGCGAACCUGCCCGGGCUACAGUGCCUGGUGAUCCAUGACUGUUGGCGAUUGGCUUCCCUCCCCCCCAACGCCCUGAAGCAGUGGGAAACCCUAACGGAGCUGAUUGUAGCGGAUUGCCCUGCUUUAGACGACCUUGGGUUUGGGCUGGAGGGAGCGGAGGGGGAGAGGGAGGGGGGGAGGAAGAGGCGGAGGUGGGCUGGCGCGGGGUGGAGGAGAGUGAGAGGAGGAGGGAUGGAGGGAGCGGGGAGAGGGGAGGGGAGUGGGAUGGGGAGGAGGAGGGUGGGGAAAGCAGCGGUGGAUGAUGACGAUGAUGAAUUUGAGGGGGAUUCUUCAGAUGAGGAGGAUGAUGAGAGUUACGUGAGCGACGAGGAAGAAGAGGAGAGUGAGGGUGAUGAUGGGGAUGAGGAGGAGGGUAAUGGAUCGGAGGACGAAGAGGAGACGUGGGACGAUGACUCUCCAGUGCACUUCCCAUUCCCUACCACAUCCACAGCAACUGGGACGUCGACAUUCCGAUCCCCACACAUCCCAUCAUCUUCAUCACCAUCAUCAGCAGCAUCGUUCCGGCCGGCACGGCAUCUGCACCACUAUGAGAGGGUGCUCUCGCGUCUCUCCCACCUGCACUAUCUCGAGGGCUGGCUGUCCGGCAGUCCGCCUCUGCUCGCCUACUUUGAAAACUCCUUCCCCCACGGCCUCUACUCCUCCCUGCGCCUCAAUUCCGCCCCUGGACCAUCCCCUCUCUCCUUCAACCCUUCAGCUUCGUCCAACCCUUCACCUGCUUGCAACCUGUUGCCGUCGUCAGUCCUCCCCCCACCACCGCGUGCAUCUGAUUCGCUUGCUGCUGGGAGUUCGGGACUGGUGGUGCUGCCGCUAGCUCAGCAGCAGGUGGCAGUAGCACAGCCGCAGGUGGAGGAGGAGCGAAGGAUGAAGGCAGGAGCAGUGCUGUCAGCAAUUUCAGUAGCAAUCCAAGUAGCAGCAGUUUAG